GGUAGGCCUGCAGAGAAUUAAAUGUCAAAUGGUGAGCUACAUUAUUUUAGUAAUGUAAAAUGCUUAAAAAAUACCAUAGUUCAGCUGUUACAAAAUGAUUUCUUUUCCAAAUAUAUAAAUGUUUAUGACAUCUGAAUGUCAUUUCAUUGUUCUUAAAUUAAUAGUUGACCCAAAAAUGAAAAUUUGCUUGAAUGUACACAUCGUCAGGCCAUUCAAGAUGUUUCUUCAUCUGAAUUACAUUCCAAAUGGCUGAUAAAAGCAUCACUAUAAUCGACAUGAAAUGGAAACCUGCAUGUUUUUAAGGCAUUUUAACUCUAAAAUGUCACAUCUGGCCAAAAUGUGAGCCCAAAACAACUUUUUUCCAGUGAGAAAGUCCAUCCCUAUUGUCCUCUAACAUCAAAAUCAGCCAACAUAUUUGUUUAGAACGGUUUUUGUUUGUUUUUGUUUGUAAAUGGUGCCUGAUCUGUGCAUAUUUCUCUCCUGAUUCAGACAAAAUUACUUUUUAAUUGGUGAAAGCAAUAUUACGAAUAGAGGACUUUUAGCCGUAAACAAUAGUUUGAAGUCACCUUGAUGGGUUUGUUUAUAACAAACAUGCAGCUUUUCAACUCAAGAUACAAUAAUUGAUAAGCUGGGGAGUGUUUCAUAAAGAAAGUUGCCAAAUAAGCCAGGUUUAUUUUAGUUAGUCUGAUUUAUUGUCAGUUGAUUUGGCUCAAAAUAAGUCAGAUGAACUGAAAUUAGCCUGGCUUAUUUGGUAAGCUUGUUUUAUGAAACGCCCACCUGGAGUCUUGUGGAUUAUUCUGAUGUUUUUAUCAGCUGUUUGGACUCUCCUGACGGCACCCAUUCACUGCAGAGGAUCCCUUGGUGAGCAAGUGAUGUAAUGCUACAUUUCUCCAAAUCUACACCGAUCAGGCAUAACAUUUUGACCGGUGAGAGGUGACGUGAUUAACACUGAUUUUCUCUUCAUCACGGCACGUGUUAGUGGGUGGGAUAUAAUAGGUAGCAAGAGAACAUUGUGUCCUCAAAGUGUUGGAAGCAGGAAAAUGGGUGAGCGUAAGGAUUUGAGUGAGUUUGACAAGGGACAAACUGUGGCUACCUGACAGAGCUCUUGUGGGGUGUUCUUGGUCUGCAGUGGUCAGUAUUUAUCAAAAGUGGUCCAGGGAAGGAAACUGGCGACAGCGUCAUGGACAGUCAAGGUUCAUUGAUGCAUGUGGGGAGCGAAGGCUGGCCCGUGUGGUACGAUCCAACAGACGAGGUACUAUAGCUCAGAUUGCUCAAGAAGUUAAUGCUGGUUAUGAUGGAAAGGUGUCAGAAUAAACAGUGCAUCACAGUAUGAUGCAUAUGGGGCUGCAUAGACACAGAACAGUCAGGGUGCACCAGCUGACCCCUGUCCACCGCCGAAAGCAUGAACACGUGGACAUGUGAGCAUUAGAACUAGACCACGGAGCCACGGGAGAAAUUGGCCUGGUCUGAUAAAUCACAUUUUCCUUUACAUCACGUGGAUGGCUGGAUGCGUGUGCGUCGCUUACCUGGGAAACACAUGGCACCAGGAUGCACUUUGGGAAGAAGGCACGCCAGACCUUUCAUCGAAAUGGUGGCUGUGGGCUCUUUCAGCAGGAUAAUGUGCCCUGCCACGAAGCAAAAAUGGUUCAGGAAUGAUUUGAGGAGCUCUACAAUGAGAUUGAGGUGUUGACUUGGCCUCCAAAUUCCCUAGAUCUCAAUCCAAUUGAGCAUCUGUGGAAUGUUCUGAGCAAACAAGUCUGUUCCAUGGAGCUGAUCUUUGCAAUUUACAGGACUCGAGGAAUCAACUGCUAAUAUCUUGGUGCCAGAUACCACAGCACACCUUCAGGGGUCUAGAGGAGUCCAUGCCUUGACAGAGCAUGAUUACCAGAAGCAGACAGAUACGCCACUUAUUGCAUAAUCAGACAUUUAAGACUGAAACCUGUCAUAGCGAAACUGCUCCACCUUUUGGAAAAAGGGUUUGUAUGAUUUCAUAUUUCGUAUUAACAUUCCAGAUUUUUGUUGAAGCAUGGAUGUUUUAUACAUGUAUGGAUACACUGACGUCUUAAUGGUUAUCAAAAAUCAUUUAUCAUGAUUUUUCAAAAACUUCCAGUUCCAUUUUUAUGAUACUUUCCACACUGUUCAUAGAUGUAUUCAGAUCUUUUAUCAUAUUAAGUGUUCAUGCAUUGAAGUUUUUGUCUAGGUUUUUUGCAGGUAUACAUCAUAAGUUUGACUGGAAAUCUGUGGAACAGAGGAUAUGAAGUAUGAAGUGAUGACCAAGAGUCUGGACACAUUUCUGUGUCUGUUUCUUACCAUCUGGAUACUCUGACAUCCAACAACUGAAUGAUGUCAAAAGAUGAUAGCAGAAGUGGAAGCGAUAUUGGUUGACCCUUCAUCCGGCUAGUCGGCAUGGCAUUGCACGGUUAGAGUUAUCAGAGGCUGUUCAUGAGCGGUCAACUGUGGUGGUCAGACGACAUCCAGAGAGGAAAGUUGUACGUCUUGCCGACUGUGUGAGUGUCGUCAAGCUGCCUCCUCAUGCAGAGGCUUGUCCAGGGGAAAACAUGGCCGCUUUCUGCGUGGAGAUGGAGGACAAGAGGCUUGUGUUUGCAGCAGAGAAAGAAAGCUGUGGAGAAUGGGUGGACAUAAUAUGUAACAUUGCCUUUCAGAAACACACUAAAAGUGCGCCACAGCCGGUACCUCGUAUGGAGGACAAUCAGAUCUACAUGUCCAGAGAACAAUUGUGCGAGUUUAAAGUGGUUGUACUGCAGAAUGAGGCUUCAGUUCGAUGUGGAUUGAAAGGACAGUACUGGCUACAAGCUGGCGAGGACAUGCUAGUUCUUCAAGAUCUGGAGACCAGGAGGACUGUAAUGGAGUGGCCGUACAAGCUGCUGCGCCGCUAUGGGCGAGAUAAGAUCCUUUUUUCUAUUGAAGCAGGCAGGCGCUGUGAAUCGGGCCCUGGAACCUUUAACUUUGAGACCAGACAAAGUGAAGAGAUUCUUCACCUUAUUGAGUCGGCUAUUCGCCAGCAGAAGAGCCUUGCUGUUACUGGAGACAGGCACUCGCCACAUUCUCCACGUUCUCGUUCUCCUCGCUCACCCCUGCCCAGGCGCCCUGAAAGUUUUAUUUCACUUGAUACAGAGGGCAACAGCCCUCAGUCUUCAGACGCAAAACCUCCCUUGAACUCUACUCCAUCAGAUGCUCUUGGCCCAAACAUAUACACCAUCUCAAAUCCUGUACAUAGAAAAUCUGCAAGUCCUGUCAGCUCACCCGAAGCUGUGUAUGCAAACCCUGCAGAUUCUAUUAGCUCCUCAAAAAGCACACACUCAGAUCCUGGUGACGGUAUUGGCAUGAUUGAGCCUGUGUAUGCAAAUCCUGCCAUUUUAAUAGGCAGACCUGAACCUGUGUAUACAGAUAUAAAGACAGAUCCUCUCCCGUCUCAUCAUAAGAAUGAUUCAGAACCAGUGUAUUCUGACCCUGCAGAUGUCAUCCGCCCGAAAUCUAACAGCUGUGUCCAUGCCAACCCUACUAACCCGACGGAAUGCCGACCAGUCAAGACAACGCCAAACAAUGAUAAACAGCAAGAACCUGUGUACUCUGAGGUGUACGACCAUGUCAAACUAAACAUAAGCAACAAACCUGAACAGGAGCCUGAGGAACCAAUUUAUAGUGUACCAGAGAUUGUAAAGUCACCUCAAAACAAUAGCUCUCAACAACACAAAAUGCCUGAAGAGAACCAACCCAUCUACAGCAAAGUUAACAAGCCACCCAAAACGCCUCAGCCUCUCCAUGAAAAGAAGCUAAGCCAAUCGUCGGAUGUUGUCUCUGAGGACCUUGGAAUGAUUUAAUUACAUGAAUGUCUUCUCAUAUGUAGCUUUUAAUAUUUAAUAUUUGAAAUGUAUUAUUUUUUCUCCCACUAAUUACAUUAUUUAUUAAUCCUUUAUCCUUUUAUAAGACGUUGUGGAAUAAAGACUGUAAAUACAUUUUGUAUUGUGUAACACUGAUGCACAUUAUAAAAAGUAGAAGCUCAUUUCCAGAAUAAAAAAUUCCUGAUAAUUUGCUCACCCACAUGUGAUCCAAGAUGUUCAUGUCUUUCUCUCUUCAAUCGUGAAUAAAUUAAGGUUUUUAAUGGAAACACUCCAGGAUUGUUCUUCAUAUAGUGGACUUCAGUGGCGGCCAAUGGGUUGAAGGGCUCUACAUUUGUGGUUAAAAAGUAUAUAAAAUGUUACAUUGAAAGCUACAUUUAAACUCC